AUGGCUUCCUUUCUAGACUAUUCAUAUAGCUUGGUGCACCAGGACAACUCAGCAGAUGUGCCUACUAUGUCUGAGUUGCGCACGGCGCUAGAGAAAGGGAGUGACGAGAGUAAAGUGGAAACUAUGAAGCGUAUACUCACAGUCAUGCUUAAUGGAGAUCCUAUGCCCCAAUUAUUGAUGCAUAUAAUUCGAUUUGUUAUGCCUUCAAAGCACAAAGCGUUGAAGAAGUUAUUGUACUUCUAUUACGAAAUAUGUCCUAAACUCGAUACUAGCGGAAAGCUGAAGCAAGAAAUGAUACUCGUCUGCAAUGGAAUCCGAAAUGACCUUCAGCAUCCUAAUGAAUAUAUCCGGGGAAACACGCUACGUUUUCUUUGCAAACUUCGGGAGCCUGAACUAAUUGAACCGCUCCUUUCUUCUGCACGCUCAUGUCUAGAGCAUCGCCACGCAUACGUACGAAAGAAUGCUGUAUUCGCCGUUGCCUCUAUAUAUCAACAUUCAGAAUCAUUAAUUCCUGAUGCACCUGAUUUGAUAUACUCUUUCCUAGAAGCCGAAAGUGAUCACACUUGUAAGAGAAACGCUUUUGCUGCACUCGUAAGCGUGAGCCAUGAAAAAGCUCUAGCAUACCUUAGUAACGUAUUCGAUAAUAUACCUAACUCUGAUGAACUUUUGCAAUUGGUCGAACUGGAGUUUAUUCGCAAGGACGCAAUUCAGAACUCUCAGAACAAGGCUCGCUAUCUACGCAUCAUAUUCGAUCUUCUCGAUGCUGGUGCCACUACUGUUGUGUAUGAGGCUGCCUCGUCGCUGACAGCUAUAACCAAUAACCCUGUAGCAGUGAAGGCGGCAGCAUCCAAAUUUAUUGAAUUAAGCAUCAAGGAGGCGGAUAACAAUGUAAAACUUAUCGUCCUAGAUCGUGUUGACAAUCUUCGACAAAAAAACGAGGGCAUCUUGGAUGACCUAAUAAUGGAAAUUUUAAGAGUUUUAUCAAGUCCGGACAUUGACGUUCGCAAAAAGGCGCUCGAAAUAUCACUCGAAAUGAUUUCAAGUAAAAAUGUCGAAGAGGUUGUUCUUCUACUCAAAAAAGAACUUUCUAAAACUGUCGAUCAAGAAUAUGAAAAAAAUGAUGAGUAUAGGCAACUACUCAUACUUGCCAUUCAUCAAUGUGCAAUCAAGUUUUCUGAAGUGGCAGCUAGUGUCGUUGGGCUUUUGAUGGAUUUUAUCUCGGAUUUCAAAAAUUCCUCGGCAGUUAGUGUUAUAUCUUUUGUUAAGGAAGUUGUUGAAAGAUUUCCUAAUCUUCGUCCCUCUAUUGUGGAACGUCUGGUUGCAACAUUGAGUGAAGUAAGAGCGGGAAAAGUGUAUCGAGGUGUUUUAUGGAUUGUAGGGGAAUACUCUUUAGAGGCUAGUGAUAUUAGGGACGCUUGGAAAAAAAUACGAGCUAGCUUAGGAGAAAUACCGAUCUUAGCAUCAGAGCAACGACUCUUAGACGAAGCCACCAAAACACAAGAGUCAUCAAAAGAGGACGAGCACUCAAAUGGAAAUUCAAGAACUACAAGCACUGGAACUCGAAGAGUAUUAGCAGACGGCACAUAUGCCACUGAAAAUGCUUUAACUAGUCAAUCAGCUGUAGCAGCAAAGCUGGAAGCAGUCAAGGCCGCCCAGAAGCCUCCUCUCCGACAGCUUAUUCUUGAUGGGGACUAUUAUCUAGCAUCCGCGCUCUCUUCUACCUUGACUAAACUCGUAAUGCGCCACUCGGAAAUUUCAUCAGACCAAGCUCGAACAAAUGCUUUACGAGCUGAAGCAAUGUUGAUCAUGAUUUCUAUCAUUCGUGUUGGACAGUCACAAUUUGCUAAGGCACCCAUAGAUGAAGACUCCGUAGACAGAAUUAUGACAUGUGUCAAAUCACUGUCAGAACUUGCACAUCACAAAGAACUAGAAAAGGUGUUUCUCGAGGAUACUCGAAAAGCGUUCCGUACCAUGGUACAGGUUGAGGAAAAGAAGCGAGCAGCUAAAGAAGCUUCUGAAAAAGCGAAAACUGCCGUCCAGGUUGAUGAUAUCUUCCAAAUAAGACAACUCGCCAGAAAAAAUGUUGGUGACCAGUCUGAUGAAAUUGAGCUGGACCUUGAAAAGGCGACUGGCGGUGACUCAACUGUGGAAGAUCUGUCUUCGAAGCUAAGCCGUAUAGUACAACUCACAGGAUUUUCAGAUCCGGUUUAUGCAGAGGCUUACGUUAAAGUGCAUCAAUUUGAUAUCGUUCUCGACGUGCUUUUGGUUAACCAGACCACAGAAACACUUCAGAAUCUCUCGGUUGAGUUUGCAACGCUUGGAGAUCUCAAGGUCGUUGAGCGGCCGACGACUCAGAACCUGGGGCCCCAUGAUUUCCAAAACGUUCAGUCUACUAUUAAGGUGUCUUCGACCGACACUGGUGUAAUAUUCGGUAAUGUUGUAUAUGACGGCGCAAGCUCAACAGAGAAUAAUGUAGUUAUACUGAAUGAUGUCCAUGUUGAUAUCAUGGACUAUAUCCAGCCUGCAAUUUGCACAGAAACCCAAUUUCGAACAAUGUGGACAGAAUUUGAAUGGGAAAAUAAAGUUAACAUCAAUUCAAAAGCUAAAACAUUGCGCGAAUUUCUUUCCCAUCUAAUGGCCUGUACAAACAUGAGCUGUCUUACUCCCGAAGCUUCGAUGAAGGGUGACUGCCAAUUUCUCAGUGCUAACCUUUAUGCUCGAAGUGUCUUUGGUGAGGAUGCGCUAGCCAAUUUAAGCAUUGAACAAGAGGGUGAGGAUGGACCAGUGACGGGAUUUGUGAGAAUCAGAAGUAGGUCACAAGGACUAGCUCUCUCGCUAGGAAGUUUGAAAGGUCUCACCAAAUUUGGAGAGGUUGUCUGA